AUGUUUUUUUUUAUUUAUUUGGUUCUUUUCUUCAUUUGUUUUUAUUUUAACUUUCUCUUUUCUUUCGAUCUUCCUUCUUUUAUUUAUACAUCCCUUUGUUAUUUUCUCAUUUUUCUUUCACUGUUUUUAUUUUGCUCUAUUCUUUUUCGUAUUUAUCUAUUUACUUUAUUUUCUUUCUUUUUUUUUUUUCACAUUUUCUCAUGCGUUUUUUUUCAUUUCUCUUCUUUUUUUUCCUCUGUUUUAUUUUAUUAUUUUUCGUUUUUUUUUAUCUUUUUUUUUUCUUUUUCAGUUAAUUGUUCUUUCUUUCUUUCUUUCAUUCUAUCUUUCUUUCUUUCUUCCUUCCUUUCUUUCUUUCUUUCUUUCUUUCUUUCUCAACAUCCAUUUUAUUCUCGUGAAUUUAAUUUUCUUUCUUUCUUUCUCAACAUCCAGUUUUAUUCUCGUGAAUUUAUUUUUCUUUCUUUCUAUCUCUCUUUUAUUCUCAUGAAUUUAUUUUUCUUUCUUUCUUUCUCAACAUCCAGUUUUAUUCUCCUGAAUUUAUUUUACUUUCUUUCUUUCUUUCUUUCUUUCUCAACAUCCAGAUUUAUUCUCGUGAAUUUCUUUCGUUCCUUCUUUCUUUCUUUCGUUAUUUCUUUCUUUCUCUCUUUCUUUCUUUCUUUCUUUCUUUCUUUCUUUCGUUAUUUCUUUCUUUCGUUAUUUCUUUCUUUCUCUCUUUCUUUCUUUAGUUAUUUCUUUCUUUCUUUCUUUCUUUCUUUCUUUCUUUCUUUCUUUCUUUCUUUCUCAACAUCCAGUUUUAUUCUCCUGAAUUUAUUUUACUUUCUUUCUUUCUUUCUUUCUUUCAGUUUUUUCUUUCUUUUCUUUAUUUUCUUUUUUUUUUUAUUUUUUACUUUCUCAACAUCCAGUUUUAUUCUCCUGAAUUUAUUUUUUCUUUCUUUCUUUCUUUCUUUCUUUCUUUCUUUCUUUCUUUCUUUCUCAACAUCCAGUUUUAUUCUCCUGAAUUUAUUUUACUUUCUUUCUUUCUUUCUUUCUUUCUUUCUUUCUUUCUUUCUUUCUCAACAUCCAGUUUUAUUCUCCUGA